GGGUGACAGAGGCCGUGGUCGUGGUGGGCGCUUUGGCUCAAGAGGAGGGCCCGGAGGCGGGUUCAGGCCUUUUGUUCCACAUAUCCCAUUUGACUUCUAUUUGUGUGAAAUGGCUUUUCCCCGUGUCAAGCCAGCACCUGAUGAAACUUCCUUCAGUGAAGCCUUGCUGAAGAGAAAUCAGGACCUGGCUCCCAAUUCUGCUGAACAGGCCUCUAUCCUUUCUCUGGUGACAAAAAUCAACAACGUGAUUGACAAUUUGAUUGUGGCUCCUGGGACAUUUGAAGUGCAAAUUGAAGAAGUGCGACAGGUAGGGUCAUAUAAAAAGGGAACGAUGACCACAGGACACAACGUGGCUGACCUGGUGGUGAUACUAAAGAUUCUGCCCACAUUGGAAGCGGUUGCUGCCCUGGGGAAUAAAGUGGUGGAAAGCCUGAGAGCACAGGACCCUUCAGAAGUUUUGACCAUGCUGACCAACGAAACUGGCUUUGAGAUCAGCUCUUCUGAUGCGACGGUGAAAAUUCUCAUCACCACCGUGCCACCCAAUCUCCGGAAGCUGGACCCGGAACUCCAUUUGGACAUAAAGGUGUUGCAAAGUGCCUUAGCAGCCAUCCGACAUGCCCGGUGGUUUGAGGAAAAUGCUUCCCAGUCCACAGUUAAAGUUCUCAUCAGAUUACUAAAGGACUUGAGGAUUCGUUUUCCUGGUUUUGAGCCCCUCACUCCCUGGAUUCUUGACUUACUUGGGCACUACGCUGUCAUGAAUAACCCCACCAGACAGCCUUUGGCCCUUAAUGUGGCAUACAGGCGUUGCUUGCAGAUUCUGGCUGCGGGCCUGUUCCUGCCAGGUUCCGUGGGCAUCACUGACCCCUGCGAGAGUGGCAACUUCAGGGUUCACACAGUCAUGACACUGGAGCAGCAGGACAUGGUUUGCUAUACAGCUCAGACUCUGGUUCGAAUCCUGUCACAUGGUGGCUUUAGGAAGAUCCUUGGCCAGGAGGGUGAUGCCAGCUAUCUUGCCUCUGAAAUAUCUACUUGGGACGGAGUGAUAGUGACGCCCUCAGAAAAGGCUUAUGAGAAGCCCCCUGAGAAGAAGGAGGGAGAGGAAGAGGAGGAGAACACAGAGGAGCCUCCUCAGGGGGAGGAAGAGGAGAGCAUGGAAACUCAGGAGUGACCCCGACUCCUCCAAGGGAAGGCACGUAAACUGCCAUGGGCAGCCCGUGGCGACAAGGACAACUGUCAUGUAAAUAUGCCAUUCCACUCUUCGGAUAGCGGCUUAGCAGCUAGAAAGAAGUUCCCAUUCAUGGCUGGCCUGUGUCAUCCACCUGUCAGGAAGCAGGACACCACCAUGUCUUCUAAUACUGAGAUGUCAGGCUCCUAUAAGCCCCGCCCAGCCAGUACUUUGUCAAGAUGUUGUGAACUGUCAAGUGUCUGGAAAAUUUUUUUUUUCUAAGAAAAAUGAUUAAAGUACUUCCUAGUAGG